UCCACCGAAGCUUCGGCUUCUAUUUCCUUUCCGUUUCCGGAAAGCGAAAGAGACCCUCGUCGUCUCCGGCGACCCACCGGCCGCCAUCAUGGUGGAGACUCGCCGGGGCUCCUACUCCUCCGAAGGAGGUGGUGGAAGCAGCGGAGGGGGAGGGGGAGGGAGGGGCGGGAAGCGCGCGGCGGCGUCGACCUCCCCGCCGGCCAAGCGCAGCAAGUCGGAGGCGGAUGCUGAGGCGUCCGCGCCGGAGGUGGAAGCGGGGAAGAGUUCGGGGCCCGCGGAGGUGACGGGAGAGCAGUCGCAGCGGGGGCGGCCGUGGGCGAGGCUGCUGUCGCAGAGCUCGCAGGCUCCUCAUAUUUCUAUCAGUGCCAAUAACUUACUCUUGGAUGACCAAGCUGCUAGAAGAAUUCUAUGCAUAUCGCGGCAUCUUGAGCAAGGAGGUCCAUGUGAGUUACAGGUCACAGGCGAUGGUCAGGUUCUAGUAAAUGGAAAAAAAAUCAACCAAGGCACCAAAGUUCCCCUCACAGGCGGCGAUGAAAUUGUUUUUGGCGGAGGCAGGAAUGCCUAUAUUUUUCAGCAUCCUCUUAGUGAUAAAGUUACUAAAGCAGUGGCGAUUCUUAAGAGUAGUCACUUAGAAAACAGAACAGGUGACAAUUCAGCUGAUGCUGGGGCCACCAUACUAGCAUCUGUGCCUAAUCCUUUGGCAUCAGCUGCGGAGAAUAAUCAGAGAGUAGUAGAAUCUGCUCUUGAAAAUCAAAGCGAUUGUCUCAAUCCAUCAGCCACUUUGUCUCCAAGCGGAUGUCAAACCUUUAAGGAUGGGCUGAAACAAGGAAUUCUUAACCCAAAUGAUAUUGAAGUAACCCUUGAUAAUUUCCCAUAUUAUCUCAGUGAGAAUACAAAGGAGGUACUCUUGUCAUCUGCAUUCAUACACAUGAAAAAGAAGGAGUUCACAAAGCGCUUACAGGAAAUUUCAUCUGUAAAUCAGCGAAUUCUAUUAUCUGGUCCAUCAGGGUCCGAAAUUUAUCAAGAAACAUUGAUAAAGGCCCUUGCAAAGCAUUUUGAUGCUAGAAUUCUCAUAGUUGAUUCUCUUCUGCUGUGUGGUACAUCCUCCAAGUUUCAAGAGUCCCUGAAGGAUAUCAGGGGGGAUGAUGCACCAACUUCUAGUUCAGGAGCUGAUAUUGUGGGGACAUCCUUUCUACAUCCUGCAUCAUUACCAAAACAGGAUUCAUCAAAAGCAACAUCCAACAAAAACACUUUCAGAGAAGGGGAUAGGGUAAAGUAUAUUGGUCAUGGAUCUCUUGGUUCCUUAAAUUUGAUACAGAGGGGCCCAGCACAUGGUUCUCGAGGCAAAGUGAUGCUUGCCUUUGAAAAAAAUAGGUUAUCUAAAGUUGGAGUUAGAUUUAACAAUCAGAUCCCUGAUGGUAAUGAUCUUGGAGGUUUGUGCGAGGAAAAGCAUGGCUUCUUUUGUUGUGCUGGUGAACUUCAGCCAGAAUCUUCUGUUUGUGAAGUUGAUAGCCUUGCUUUAAGCAAGUUAAUUGAGGUCAUUUCAGAAGAAAGCAAAAGCAGCAAUUUGAUUGUGUUACUCAAGGAUGUAGAGAAAUCAUUCAACGAAUAUACAGAAUCACAUGCAUCACUGAGAAGCGAACUUCCACCCGGUGUUCUGAUAAUUGGGUCUCGCACUCAGGCAGAGAAAUGCAAGGAUCAGUCACAUCCUGGAGGAUUUCAAUUUCCUAGACUUCCUAGUGGCCACCAGACACUACUUACCAUUUUCCUGGAUGCCUUGGUAAGUAGGUUGCCUGAAACAAACAGAUGUGCUACAAAGUCAACGGAGCAUCUAAAUGAGCUUUUUCCUAAUGAAAUUUCCAUUGAACUUCCACAGAAUGAAGCACAGCUAUUGGAUCUGAAGAAACAACUAGAUCGUGAUACUAAAACCCUUCUAGCUGAAGCCAAUGCUCGUAAUAUUCAUAAGUUUCUGACCUGCAGAGAAAUUGAAUGCAACGAUCUUGAAGAAUUAUCCAUCAAAGAUCAAUUACUGACUAAUAAAAAUGUGGAUAGGACUGUGGGAUUUGCUCUUAGUUAUCACCUUCAGCAUAACAAACCCAGUUUACCCAAGGAUGGCAAAAUGGUACUUCCGAUUGAAUGCCUCAAGUAUGGAUCCAGUGUAGUACAGAAUACACUCGGUCGAAAUAAGAGCUCAAAGAAUGCACUAGAGGAUGUGAUCACAGAGAAUGAGUUUGAGAAAAAACUUCUGUCAGAUGUUAUCCUACCUAAGGGCAUUGGAGUUACCUUUGAGGACAUUGGAGCCCUGGACAAUGUGAAAGAGACACUGAAGGAGUUGGUGAUGGUCCCUCUACAAAGACCUGAAUUGUUCUCCAAAGGCAAUCUAAGAAAGCCUGUGAAGGGAAUACUGCUCUUUGGACCCCCUGGAACAGGUAAAACAAUGGUUGCAAAAGCAGUAGCUACUGAAGCAGGUGCAAGCUUUAUCCAUGUAUCAAUGUCAAGCAUUACAUCAAAGUGGCUUGGAGAAGUAGAAAAAUAUGUGAAGGCCAUUUUCUCUUUGGCAAGUAAAUUAUCUCCUGCAGUAAUAUUCAUCGAUGAGGUUGAUAGUUUUCUAGGAAAUAGAGAAAAUCCCAGAGAGCACAGCGCAAUGCGCAGGAUGAAAAAUGAGUUUAUGACACAUUGGGAUGGUUUACGUACUAAAGAGCAAGAACGUGUAUUGGUUCUUGGAGCCACAAAUAGACCAUUUGACCUUGAUGAGGCUGUUAUUCGAAGAUUUCCUCGCAGAUUGAUGGUGAGCCUUCCUGAUGCAUCAAAUAGAGAGAAGAUUUUGAAAGUAAUACUAUCCGAAGAAGUGUUGGCAUCAGAUGUGGACCUUGAGUUGCUUGCCAAUAUGACUGAUGGAUAUUCAGGGAGUGACUUGAAGAAUCUGUGUGUGACUGCGGCACUAUACCCCAUUCGUGAAGUCAGGGAGAAGGAAAAAAGGGAGAAGAGUUUGGCGAGAGCUGAAGGUAGGCCUGAACCUCCGUUGUGUGGAUGUGAGGACAUUCGCCCUCUUGGAAUGGAUGACUUUAAGCUUGCCCGUGAUCAGGUGUGUGCUAGCUUUUCACCUGACUCGAUAAACAUGAACGAACUUGAGAAGUGGAACAACCAGUAUGGUGAAGGCGGGUCCAGAAAGAAGGAAACGCUGACCUACUUCAUGUAGGUGAACAUAGGAAACAACACUAUUUGUACAGUUGCUAUACUACCCCCUGGGCAUGUCCUCGCAAUUUGGUGGCAUGCCCAAACCAGUCGGGUUUUUCUCUGCUCCAACAUUAAGGAGAAGCUGCCUCCGACGAUCACCUGUAAUUAGAUUGCAUACCAAAGUAUCUGAGAGUCAAGAUACUUCCCUAUUCUUUUUUCCCCCCUUUCUGCUGCUAUUCUGCGAAUUGGCAAAGGCCUUGUACAUGUAAAGAACAAAGAUAUGGGAAUAAGAUCACCGUCAAUUGGUGCCGAUUUGAUUGAU